AUGGCCGGAUCGGUGCCCUCCGCGUGGCCGCUCCUGGUCCUGUCACUUCUAUGGCUUUUCUGGCCCAUACCCGGAACCGGGACUGUCCGCGUGCAGGCGCCCGCUCAAGUGCAUGGCCUCUUGGGGGACUCUGUAACGCUGCCGUGCCACCUGCAGCCGCUGGGGCCCGGCAUGCAAGUGACGCAGGUGACAUGGAUGCGGCAGGAGCUGGCGGGCCAGCCCAGCAGCCUGGCGGUCUUCCAUCCGGCGCGGGGCCCCUGGUACUCCGAUCCCGGGCGGCUGGAGUUCGUGGCCAAGAGCCCUGACUUGCUCAACGCGUCUCUAGUAGUAUCCCAGUUGCGCGUAGAGGAUGAAGCCAACUACACCUGUCAGUUCGCCACGUUCCCGCAGGGCAGCUCGAGCAACAGUACCUGGCUCCGCGUGCUGGUUCAGCCCCAGAACACAGCUGAGCCCUGGAUGGAACCACCCAGUCUGUUCACCUCAGAGCCUGUGCCUGUGGCCCGCUGCAUGUCCACAGGGGGUCGCCCAGCUGCCCAAAUCACCUGGUCCUCAUACCUAAAUGGAACAGUCAAUAACAGCCAGAUAGCAGGGCCCCUGCCUGGCACAUUCACUGUCAUCAGUUUCUUGACCGUGGUGCCCUCAAGCCAAGUGGACGGCAAGAACAUCACCUGCAGAGUGGACCACGAGAGCUUCAAAGAGCCCCGCGUGCUGCCUGUGAACCUCACCGUGUUCUACCCCCCUGAGGUCAGCAUCUCUGGCUAUGAUGGCAAAUGGUACCUCAACCAGCCUGAGGCCAACCUGACCUGCAAUGUCCGAAGCAACCCAGAGCCCACGGGCUAUAACUGGAGCACGACCAAUGGUUCCCUACCACACUCUGCUGUGCCCCAGGGCGCCUGGCUCCUGAUUCAUCCUGUGGACAAGUCAAUCAACACGACUUUCAUCUGCAGUGUCACCAAUGACAUAGGGACUGGCCAGGGGGAACUGGCCAUCCUGGUCAAAGACCAGUCAGACUCAGGCAACUUACAUGUGAUCCUCAUCGUGACUGUGGUAUUUAUGGCGUUACUGGCCAUACCGUUGGAAGCGUGGCAGCCCCUCGGCUAA